AUGUCCACCGUGCCAGAGCUGCAGGAAGCUGGGGUUCUGUGCUUGAAGCCCAGCAAGGAUCUAAAGCUGAAGGGCAGAGGAGACACCUGCAAAGUGGAGGUGACCUUCUCCCCGAAGCGCCGCAUGCAGCCGUUCAGCGGGGAAGUGCUGCUGGAGUGCCGCGGGCUGGUGCGCUCCCUCUGUGUGGUGCGGGGCUCCUGCCAGGGCAGCCUCGUGAGCCUGGACCAGGACCAGCUCAGCUUUGGAGCCGUGGUGCAGCAGAGCUACACGUGCCGGCGCGUCGUCAUGCGGAACGCGGGCGACACGAGAGUCAGGUUUAUGUGGGACGCGGAGAGCUUCAAGCCAGACUUUUCCAUCAGCCCCACAAAGGGUUACAUCAGCCCAGGGGUGGAUGUCCCCUUGGUUGUGACCUUCCGCCCCUCGAAGCUGAGCCAGGCUGUCCAGUACGAGGGGCUGCGGUGCUUCAUCCAGGGCAGUGAGGCGCUGCAGCUUACGCUGGCAGGAUCCUGCGUGGAGGCCCCUGGCCCCAAAGAGGGCAGGAACUGA